AUUCCCAGAGCUGCCUGGGACCACUCCGGAGCCUCGCAGCAGCUCGUUGUCCCACUUGGCCACUGGCUCCGCGAUCCCUCCUUUUGCCAGCCUCGUCUUGUCACCUCCCGUCUCACCCUCCUCGCUCCAUCCCCCGCCACCUCAUCCACAGCCAUCUGAGCGAGCGCGCCUCUGAGAGCAGGAGGUACUGGUCCUGGCUGCAGGGCGCGCCCUCCAAAGGUCCCCAGCUCGACAUUGGGGUCCCGCGGGCGACAGCAUGGACACCAAGCGCUGCUUCGCCAACCGCUUCGAUGACUACCAGGGCAGCCUGCUGGCGGGCCAGUGCGAGGAGGCAGUGGCGCCCUUGGUCACCUCCACCAUCGAACGCAUCCUUCAGGAGCUGCCCCCGCUGGGUGGCGGCGCUGAGGCUCGGGGAGCGACGGCCGCGGGCAGCAGCUGCCAGGGGGGUCUGUACAGCGGUGUGGCUGGGGUGGCCUACAUGCUCUACCACGUCUCGCAGAGCCCGCUUUUCGCCGCCGCCCGGGAGCGCUACCUGCGCUCCGCCAAGCGCCUCAUCGACGCGUGCUCACGCGCCGAGGAGUGGGGCGAGACGGACGCGGACACCCGCGCCGCCUUUCUGCUCGGGGGCGCGGGCGUGUACGCGGUGGCCACACUUGUCUACCACGCCCUGGGCCGCUCCGACUAUGUGCAGCCCCUCAGCAAGUUCCGGGCUCUGUGCGCCGUCUGCGCUCCUGUCUCCUUCCUGGAGUGCGGCUCCGACGAGCUGUUCGUGGGCCGCGCUGGCUACCUGUGCGCUGCGCUCGUGCUCAAGCAGAAGCUUGCCCAGGAGGUAUUGACUCCAGCACAAAUUAAAGCAAUAUGCCAGGCAAUUCUGGACUCCGGAAAGCAGUAUGCUCUGAAGAAGAGAAAACCAUUCCCCCUGAUGUAUUCUUACUAUGGAACGGAAUACCUGGGGGCAGCUCAUGGCCUGUCGUCCAUUCUCCAAAUGCUCCUUUCUUACCACGAGCAUCUCAAACCUUCAGACCGGGAGCUGGUGUGGCAGAGUGUGGACUUCCUCAUGGAACAGGAACAGAAUUGCAACUGGCCACCAGAGCUCGGAGAGACCAUCGAGAGAGAGAAUGAACUCGUCCACUGGUGCCAUGGCGCUCCAGGAAUUGCUUAUCUGUUUGCCAAAGCUUAUCUCAUUUCCAAGAAGCCGCAGUAUCUGGACACAUGUAUCCGGUGUGGGGAGCUAACAUGGCAGAAAGGCCUGUUGAAGAAGGGGCCGGGGAUCUGCCACGGUGUAGCUGGCAGUGCAUAUGUCUUCCUUCUUCUCUACCGUCUUACAGGAAACUCGAAGUACAUCUACCGUGCCCAAAGGUUUGCUCAGUUCUUAUUCACUGAAGAAUUCAAAGCCGGUUCACGGGUCCUUGAAAGCAUAUACAGCUUGUAUGAAGGCUUCUCUGGGACUGUUUGCUUUCUCAUUGAUCUUCUACAGCCCAAUCAGGCUGAAUUUCCUCUCUUCAGCGUCUUUGUUUAAAAGGUUCCAUCUCCCCUUGCAGUCGGUGGAAGUCCCCUGAGAUUUCCUGAGCCUGCUCUAGGCCGUUUUCCACAUAAUCCCCAUCUAAUGGUCUCACGACUGUGAGCCUUCCCAUUGCUGCCAGAUGGAUGAGCUGAGUCUGAUGAGGACAGCGUGAUACCAGACUGCAGAGAGAGCCUGCCAAACCGAGAUGCUGCAACUCAUCUAAAACCCACCGAUCUACCGUUUCAGGGGAGAGAUGUCCCAGCCAAGAUCAGAGAGAAAAGGGGAAAACACUUAAUGUUUUUCAGUUUGUGACACAAAAGGCAAAAGUGAACUGGAGAUGAUGGCGAUCAAAUACCAACACUUUCAAAACUGAACAGCAAAUGGGAUCAUUCGUGUGUAUGCCCAAUAUCCCUAAAUUCAGAAUAAAGACAACCACAAUGUAAAAGAAUUUUGUCCUGUUAAGAACUCUUUGCAGGAAUCAAGUGUAAGGAUGAAGGAAGGACAUGAAAAGAAAUCAUUGGUUGUCCUAGGACUUGACUUACUGAAAUUCUUAAUUCUUUUCUGAGUGAAGAUGUGUGCAUAUGUAUGCAAGGUUUUAUUUUAACUUAUGUUUUUGGCCACUAUUCUGAACAUUGUAAAAAACAUCAUAUCAUAACUUAUUUUGAACACGGAAUUUUGAAGCUGCCUUAGGCCUUAGGAUAUCUCUUUUCCUACUUCCUUUUUCUUUCCUAGAGCUCAGAAUAGCAAGAUUCCGGGCAGGAAAGAGUGUAGCUUAGUGACAGGGCUUAAGCUUACUAGCUUAGUGUGUAGCUUGUUUAAUGUGCAUAAGGCCCCUGGUCCAUGCCUAGCACCACAAGCAAACAAAGAAACAAACCAACAACAAAAAAGAGAGGAAAUUUUAUAUCUAGCAAAUAAGUGUCACUGUCAUGUGUUUGUCUCAAUUGAAAGUGUGACCCGUAUAUUGUGUAUGCCAGUAAUUUUUCAAAUGCCUUUAUCUUUGUAAUGCUUAUGAAGCUAUUACACUGUAAAAUAUGCUUUCAGUGGAAAUCAAUCAUCUCAAACAUCAGGGUAACUUACCACAAAGGUAAGUCAUUUCUGUAUUCCAUAGAAUUCUGUGAAAGACAUGGGGCGAGAAAACUUGAAAGUGGUUCUAGAAAGAAUGUUGCUCCAUUUCAUCCUGUUAGGUUAAGAGUGGACUGAACUACCUGCCUUGUCGCCUCACCUUGUAAAAACACCAAGCACACUAGACAUUGACUCUUAUGCCAGUUGAUUCUAGUUGUCACAUCUACUUUACUUCUGCUAUCAACACAAGUUCUAAAAAUGUUUCAAGUCCAUCGUGGAUUGCUGAAUCAGAGCAACUGUCAAUAUGCAGAACAUGAGAUUUCCACAGUCCUCAUAUUUAACCACCGAAGUGUGGGCAUCAUAUUAAGAAGACAGUUGUGUGAUACACAGUGUCGUCAUUUGUAGUCAUUAGCUAUUUGGAUGUUUCCAUACAUAAGUAUCUCUGUGUAUAUGCUACAUCUAUCCCCAUAGAAACUGAAGCACUAUUCGAACUGUAGAUAAACUGCCUGGAAACAUGUUGUAUGCGUGCUGGCUUAUGGAGCUGUAUGAACCAAUGGAUUUGUAUGGGUUUGGAUGCAUGCUGUAUGUGUGAUCCUAUUUUGGAAAAGAGGACCUCUUGUAUUCAUAAGAUUCUCAAAGAAUCUUACCAAAGAACAGAACAGUCUUUUUAUAUUUUAUGGCUCUUCGUAUGUUUACAAUCAUCAACAUGAGCUGGGACAAAAUAAUUUUUGUAAAAUAUCUACCUUGUUGGCUUAUUGUCCCAUUUUCAUACCCUUGGAUUUCAACCUAGAAAAUUGUCUCCAAUUGCUUAUCUGUGAGAAGAGCGUUUAGGACAAACUUAGACUCCAGAAGUUCUUUCUUGAGGAGGGCAAGCACCUUUUGGAAAGCCUUAAGGAAGAUGCUAUCCACAGAAUGGUCUUCUUUCUGAAAGGACAAUGACAUCUCCUUCACAAUCUCAUUUUAAAUGCAUUUUGCAUGGGCCCUACAGGUUACAGACAUCAACCAACCGAAAUUACGGCAUCGGAUGCGUAGAUGUGUUGUAUCUGUUAUAUUUCUAGGAGCUCUGGGGACAACUGACUCUACUUUUUGAAGUUGUUAUUAUAGAGUGAUUAAAGCUUUGUGCUGAUCACUGUGAAAAGGUCACUCUUUAUAUAUUACACCAAAAAAAUGGUCAUGUUUGAGUGUGGUCUUUCUGUAAGCACCACCU